AUGGAAAGUUUUCCUCAAUCAUCGCAUUUCAGUGUUCAUAAGAAGGCGCAUACUGAUGAAAAGCCGCACAGAUGCACGAUAUGUGGGAAAAGUUUCUCUCAAUCAUCGAGUUUGAUAAUACAUGAGAGGAUUCAUACCGGUGUGAAGCCGUACAGUUGUUCGACAUGCAAUAAGAACUUCUCUGAUCCAUCGCAUUUGGUAAGACAUGAUAGGAUUCAUACCGGUGAAAAACCGUACAGCUGUACGAUAUGCAAUCAAAGUUUCUCUGAUCCAUCCAACAUGAGACAACAUGAGAGAACUCAUGCCAAUGAAAAGCCGAACAGUUGCCCGAUGUGCAAUCAAAGUUUUUCACGAUCAUCGCGUUUGAGGAUACAUAUGAAGAAGACCUGUACCGGUAAAAAGCGGUUCAAUUAUCCAUGUGAAAAACUAUCGAAGUGA